AUGCCCUCUCGCUAUAGGAAUGCGCUGAACAUCGUGGUCACCACCCUUUUUGCUGCGGUGGUCCUCUUCACCAUCCUACUGGCCUAUGUUACAGGCUACCAGUUUAUCCACACUGAGCAGCACCACCUGUCCUUUGGCCUAUAUGGUGCCUUCCUCUCCCUCCACCUUUUUCUUCAGAGCCUCUUCGCCUUCUUGGAGCAUCGGCGGAUGAGGAGUCCAGCCCAGCCUCAACACCUCCGUCGUUCUGUGGCCCUCUGCAUCGCAGCCUACCAAGAGGACCCAGACUACCUGAGGAAGUGCCUGCGCAGCAUCUGCCGAAUCUCUUUCCCAGGCUUGAAGGUGGUGCUGGUUGUGGAUGGAAACAGGCCAGAGGACCACUACAUGAUGGACAUUUUCCAGGAGGUGAUGGGCGGGGCAGACCAGGCUGGAAGCAUGGUGUGGAAGGGGAACUACCACAGUGAUGGGAGUGGAGGGGGAGGUGUCGGAGGUGGGGGAGGGUGUGCAGCGCACAUGGAAGAGACAGCACAGGUGUCAAGGAUGGUCAGAGGUUGCCGCUAUUCUUGCAUUAUGCAGGAGUGGGGAGGGAAAAGGGAGGUGAUGUACACUGCCUUUAAAGCACUGGGGGACAGUGUGGACUACGUGCAGGUGUGUGACUCAGACACAGUUUUAGACCCAGCUUGUACCAUAGAAAUGCUAAAGAUCCUCGAGGAAGAUCCAAUGGUGGGAGGGGUUGGUGGAGAUGUACAGAUCCUCAACAAGUAUGACUCAUGGAUCUCCUUCCUAAGCAGUGUGCGCUACUGGAUGGCCUUCAACAUUGAGCGCGCAUGCCAGUCCUACUUUGGUUGCGUCCAGUGUAUCAGCGGUCCUCUGGGGAUGUACAGGAACUCCUUGCUACAGCAUUUCCUUGAGCCAUGGUACCACCAGACCUUCCUAGGCUCCAAAUGCAGCUUUGGAGAUGACCGCCACCUCACCAAUCGAGUGCUCAGCUUUGGAUACAAGACGAAAUUCACGGCUCGAUCACAAUGUCAGACUGAGACACCAACCCAGUAUCUGCGUUGGCUCAACCAGCAGACUCGAUGGAGCAAGUCUUACUUUCGUGAAUGGCUCUACAAUGCCCUGUGGUUCCAUAAGCACAGCCUCUGGAUGACUUAUGAGUCCAUGGUCACUGGCUUCUUCCCAUUCUUCUUGGUUGCCACAGUCAUCCAUCUGUUCUAUCGUGGACGACUGUGGAACAUCCUGCUCUUCUUACUGACGGUCCAGUUGGUUGGGAUGGUUAAGGCCACAUAUGCCUGUUUUUUGCGUGGCAGCGUGGUCAUGAUCUUCAUGUCACUUUACUCUCUUCUUUACAUGUCCAGUCUGCUCCCUGCCAAAAUAUUUGCCUUGCUCACUAUCAACAAGGCUGGAUGGGGCACAUCAGGCCGCAGAAAGAUUGUGGUCAACUUCAUUGGUGCUGUGCCAGUCACAGUGUGGACCAUGGUGCUACUCGGAGGUGUGGCAUAUACGGUGUACUGUGAAACACAGGAACCAUUCAGUGAGACCGAGAAAGCCUUGUUGAUAGCAGGGACGAUACUCUAUGCCUGUUACUGGCUUAUUCUGGUGGUGCUCUACUUGGCAAUCGUAGCCAAACGGUGUAAUAAGAAGGAAGAGCAGUAUCAUCUGUCAUAUGCAGAGGCCUAAACCAGAGAGAGACUGCUUGUCUGAGUUUCACUGCAGCAUGAUUCUAGCAAGGUCUCUACUCACCCUGCUAG